AUGGCGCCACCAAUGCUCAUUUCCCUGACCCUCGGCCUGUCCGUUGCUCUGGUCCUGGGCUAUUGCGUCUACUUUGACCGGAAGCGUCGCUCAAGCCCUGACUUCCGGAAGCGUUUGUACGAGCGCCGCCGUCGCAUGAGGACCUCGUCGUCGUCAUCGUCGAGGACCUCAUCUCCAAUUGGGCCCCGGGACGGUGGCAAGCAGGUCUCACCCGAGGCCUACUUCAUCAGCGAGAUGCGUUCGGGGGAGGAGCUGAUAGGCCAGGGCUGCGUUGACGAGGGCCUCGGCCACUUUGCCAACGCCGUGGCCCUGUGCGCCCAGCCGGACAAGGUGAUGGAGGCGCUGCAGGCCAAUCUGCCAACGCACAUGUUCGAGUUGCUGAUAUCGAAGCUCAAGGCGCUGCAGGUGAUGGGCGAUGCUGGGACCGAGGAUUGGAGCGAGGACAGGACUUGCAGCUCCACCCACGACAUCUAA